AUGGGCCGGCCGGAUGGUGCAAGCAAUGAAUGGCCCAAGGGGAAAAAUGAAGAGAGAGGUGUACGUGUAAUUAGGGUUGGGUGUGACCCUUCGUCUCCCUUCGAAAAACAGAAAAUUCUCCCCUUCUCUCCAACCGUGGCACAUCUUCCACUUAAUCUUGUUCGAUCUUCUCCGCCUUCUUCUCCGUUUUCUUUUCAUCACCUUCCGCCCUUCUUUGAAUGGCGUCUCCAUAACCAUUCAUCAUCAUCGUUCGCUUACCUUCAAAUAGACAUCCGAAAACCUUCGUCCUCAAUCAUCCCUCCGUCUCGCUCUCACCUUAAAGCUUGUGUAUUGCGGUUCCAUCUCUAUGCUCAAAAACCAGACGGAAACAUAGACAGAAGAAUGAGGAAAAGCUUACCGACCAGAGUGACGUUGGCGGUUCUUCACACCAGAGACGAGAAGGUGAUGAGAAGUCCAGUAAAUUCCAGUUACGAUGCAAUUACGGUACAAAGUUGCGAUGCAAAGUUGUGA